AUGGAAGAGCAGGAACAAGAGAGUGGUGUGAGAGAUGGAAGACUAGGAAGCAGUAGUAAGGGAGAGGCAUGUGAAGAGUUUAGACAAUAUAUGUAUUGCAUAUUCUCUAAUUUUUGCUUUGCAGGUUACAACAUAGUCUCCAAGGUCUCUCUCGACAAAGGCAUGAGUCGUUAUGUGCUUGUUGCCUACGGACACGCUUUUGGAACUCUUGCUACUGCUGUUUUCGUAUUUCUCUUCGAAAGAAACAAUAACAGCAAACUCAGCGUAGCGAUCUUAAGAAAUGUCUUUUUCUUGGGUCUCCUGGGAGCUGUGUUUGGGAGGACACUGUUUUACGCAGGGCUGGAAUACACUUCACCAGCUGUUGCAUCUGCGUUGGCCAACUUAAUUCCAUCAAUCACCUUUAUCCUAGCCGUUUUGUGUAGGAUGGAGAAUUUAGACAUUUCCAAGCGUAGUUCUCAAGCCAAGAUAUUGGGAACCAUUGUUGCCUUUGGUGGUGCAACACUGAUGACCUUAUACAAGGGUCUCCCUCUGCUUUCCUUUCAUAUUCAGCACUCGCAUGAUCACCCUGCAGCCAGUAGACUACUCUUGGACAAGGAUUUAAUUAAGGGCUCCUUGAUUCUUGUGGUUUCAUACAUUUCACUGUCAGCAUUUUACAUCUUACAGACGAUUACAGUAAAGAUGUAUCCAGCACCAAUAACUCUCACGUCAUUAAGCUGCCUAUCAGGUGCUGUUCUCUCCAUUAUCAUGACGGCAAUCUUGGAUCAUAAAGCUUCGUCCUGGAAGUUGUCAUGGAACAUCGCCCUUCUUGCUCCCAUCUAUAGCGGAAUUGUUAUAUUUGGGAUUACAGUUUAUGUUCAAACGUUGGUGGUAAGAAAAAAAGGUCCAGUUUUCAUGACAGCUUUUAGACCUUUGGCCAUAGUAAUUGUAGCCAUUAUGGGACUCUUCAUUUUGGGAGAUGUUUUAUACAUGGGCAGUAUUAUUGGAGCCACAUUGAUUGUUAUUGGUCUGUACGCCACUCUAUGGGGAAAAGAAAAGGAGAAAGCAGAGAUCAAGCUGUUCCAGCAAACCAUAAUAUCUCAUGAGGAAGCUGGCAUCGAAAUCAAACAAGAAAAAUAA